AUGUCUGCUGUCAACAAGAUCUUAUCUGAAAAGCCAACCGAAUUGGAAUUGAAGGUUGCCCAAGCUUUCGUUGACUUGGAAUCCCAAGCCGACCUCAAGGCCGACCUCAGAGCCUUGCAAUUCAAGUCCAUCAAGGAAAUCGAAGUUUCCGGUGGUAAGAAGGCUCUCGCCGUCUUGGUCCCACCUCCAUCUCUCGGUGCCUACAGAAAGGUCCAAACCAGAUUGACCAGAGAAUUAGAGAAGAAGUUCCCAGACUCCCACGUCGUCUUCUUGGCUGAAAGAAGAAUCUUGCCAAAGCCAUCCAGAAAGGCCAGACAACAACAAAAGAGACCAAGAUCCAGAACCUUGACUGCUGUCCACGACAAGAUCUUGGAAGACUUGGUUUUCCCAACUGAAAUCAUCGGUAAGAGAGUUAGAUACUUGGUUGGUGGUAACAAGAUCCAAAAGGUCUUGUUGGACUCCAAGGACUCCACUGCUGUCGACUACAAGUUGGAAUCUUUCCAACAAUUAUACGCCAAGUUGACCGGUAAGCAAGUCGUCUUUGAAAUCCCAGGUGAAGUCUACUAAGCAUCGCAUAUGUUAGCUUGUGUAAAUUUUCAGUAUUGAAACAGGGGGUUCCACGGUAAAAUGAAGAGUCCUCGCUCAUUUCAUCCAAGAUCUGAUCUGAAAAGAGACUGAUGUUCGAUAGAUGCGGAAAGUUUUAGGUUAGGUCUUAUUUUGUGUAUUAGAAACAUAUUUUUAAUAUAUUAUCAUUUAAUGUU